AUGCUGCCUAACCUAGAUGAGCUAGAGGCUUCUCUGCUCAACGUAUCUGGGCAAGUAAAGCUCGAUGUGCGAUUCCGUGCGCUCUUUACUCUUAAAGGUCUGGCCGCUUUGUCUGAAGACAAGUGUGAGCGCGUGAUCGAGAUUAUUGCGAAGGGCUUUGCUGAUGAUUCUGCCUUGCUUAAGCACGAAAUGGCGUAUGUGCUGGGCCAGCUAAAGGACACACGUGCGCUUUCCCACUUAGAGGAUGUCCUGAACGACACCCAUCAGCAUUGUAUGGUGCGUCAUGAGGCAGCCGAGGCGAUGGGCGCUAUCUCCAGUCCUGCCGCUCUGCCAAUCCUCCGCAAAUAUGUUUCCGAGGAUCCAGAUGUGGCCAUUCGCGAGACGUGCCACCUGGCUAUUCACAAAAUUGAGCUUGACAAUUCCGAAGCUGGGCGCGCGGAGCGCGCCUUGCAGGCCCAGCGCGAUAAGGAGCAUGGUGAUGCAAUCGCUGCUGCUGCGCGGGCCGCUGCACCUAUUGAUCCAGCUCCUGCGAUUGUGCAUAUGCCAAAUGAUGAGAAGACCUCCUCGGUAUAUACACUGGAGAAUGUGCCUCAUUUCCGUCAGGUCCUGCUAGACUCGUCGCUGUCCCUAUUUGAGCGUUACCGUGCCAUGUUCGCUCUGCGCAACACGGUGCAGCAAGGCGGCGAGGAGGCACAAGUGCCUGCAGUGAAGGCCCUCGUCGAUGGCCUUUCGGACAAGAGUGCUCUGUUCCGCCAUGAAAUUUGCUUCGUCUUUGGCGAGUUGUGUCACCCUGCCUGCAUCCCAGCCAUGUCUCGUGUGCUCAAAGAUAGUGGAGAGCACGAAAUGGUACGCCACGAGGCGGCGGAGGCGCUGGGUGCUGUCUUGGAGGAGGGUGGCCAGGACACGGAAGCGAUGGAGGUCAUGGACGUGCUACGUGAGUAUGCCAAUGACGAGGCGGCGCCCCGGGUAGUGCGGGAGAGCUGUGUCGUGGCUUUGGAUGAGAUCGCGUACAAUAACGACCCGACGCAGUUUCAGCGGAUUGAGUAA